AAAAAAGCUCAGGAGGUCAGAUUAAUAGACCACGAAACAGUAACAACAUUUUAUGAGCCAUAUGUAGGUUAUGUAGAUAGUAUAUGGAACGAUUCAGGAAUUCAAGAAUGUUAUGACAGGAGGAGAGAAUACCAGCUAACAGAUUCAGCAAAAUACUACCUUAAUGAUUUAAAGAGAAUUUCAGAUCUAAACUAUAUACCUACGGAACAAGAUGUACUCAGAGUAAGAGUACCCACAACAGGAAUCAUUGAAUAUCCAUUUGAUCUAGAUUCAAUUAUUUUCAGGAUGGUUGAUGUUGGAGGUCAGAGGUCAGAACGACGAAAGUGGAUUCACUGUUUUGAGAAUGUCACAUCUAUAAUGUUUCUAGUCGCCUUAAGUGAAUAUGACCAAUUACUUGUCGAGUCAGAUAGUGAGAACCGAAUGGAGGAAAGUAAAGCACUAUUUCGAACCAUCAUCACAUAUCCCUGGUUUCAGAAUUCAUCAGUAAUUCUAUUCCUCAACAAGAAGGAUCUACUGGAAGAGAAAAUCAUGCAUUCACAUCUUGUAGACUACUUUCCAGAAUUUGACGGACCGUCAAGAGAUGCAACAGCAGCAAGAGAGUUCAUCUUGAAGAUGUUUGUUGAGCUGAAUCCGGACAGUGACAAGAUCAUCUACUCGCACUUCACAUGUGCGACCGACACGGAGAAUAUCCGAUUUGUGUUCGCUGCCGUCAAGGACACCAUCCUCCAACUGAAUCUAAAGGAGUACAAUUUGGUGUAGCAGCCGGCAAAGACUGUCAUUGCUGUGUCCACUCUGCCCGGCUGGCAUGGGCUCCUUUUUGGCCUAGCAAGUAAUAAAUUGACCUGCCCUCUGCUGGCCUGUGUCUCAUUGCCCAGUAGUUGUGGUUGAUUUACCCUAUCAGUACACAGAAAUCAAACGAAAGACAAUUUUUUUGUAUUGGGGACGUGCACUAUCGACUUGUACCUGAGAAGACCGUGCAUUUUUUCUUUUUGUCUUACGUGUUGGGCGAGAGCUCUUGUGUUAGGAAAUCAAAAUAGGAAUUAAUUAAUUGUUAUCAAUGCUGAAAAGCUAGUGGAUGUGUUGCUACAGUGAUGGAAUAUUGAAGACAUCGUUGAAAGCUCGUCUUUAAUGAAAGGAAGCCAUGCAGUUCUGCUGGACCCCUGGCUGGCUCGUAGCUCCACCCUAUGUCGCGUUUCGCAGCUACUAGAGAAAAUUCGCCUUGUUUGCUAUUUUAUGCUUGGAUCAAAACACAUGGAUCGCCAACACACAGCUGGAUAAGCCAGAAAUUAGUGGAAAAUAUCUCUUUUUCAACAAAUUCUUCUCGCCUUGAUAAUGUUUCUGUUGCUUUGAGUUCUGAAGAUCAUCUGUUGGGAUACGUCAACAAGCAGCAAAGACAGGCUGCGCCAGUGUCGCAAUACAUUCUUGCUUCUCUUGCCAGGGCGUGGACAAGUAUGAGAAAACUUUCCUCUUGAUUGUGGAAGAGAUCGAUGGAGAGAUCCAACCAGAUGAAACAAAUGAGAACCGAAUAAUGGAUUGAUUUGUAUGUUAGGCCAGUAUAAUGGCUAUGAAGAAAGUGUGGUUUAGAAAGGGAAGUAUUUAUUUUGAAGCAGCAACUCACUGCCAUACAAUGACAUUGAAAACUGCCUGUCUACUCUAGCAUCUAUUCUUUUUUCUCAUAUUCAUAAUCUGCCUUCUAAAUCUCAUAAUUUCUGUUUCUGAUCUCUGACAACCUUACUAUCUUUUCUGUCAUUCUCUCCAUCCUCUCAUCUCUUUGUCUCAAAAUUUUCCCUCACGAAUUUUCUUCUCCUUCCCUUUCUAUGUCCAUUUGCUGAAUACAUGUAUAUUAAAAAUCUUACAUAAAAUACAGCAAACCAGCAUUUUUUUUUUAAGGAAUACAGGAAACUUUAUGCUGAAAAUUAAUAGAAAAAAAUAGACCACAUUCUUUCAAGAAUCUUUAUGUUGCGGUUUUUGUAUAAAUUGGCAUUUAUUUUCCAUUGUUCAGCAGGCAAGUAGUUGGCAAUAGGUGAGUUACUGCUUACAUCAACCCAUGUCUUUGCUUAACUAGAGAAAGAUGUGCAUUGUUUUUGUGAGUAUUGCUAUCCUUACACCUUGAUUUGCCAACUUACUGGAAGAGCAUAGCAUGUGGUUUCUCAUCAAACAGAGAGAGAGUAAGAGGGGGAGAGAAAAGGAAAAGAAGACAACCAUUCAAAUUUGAUAAAAAUUAACACAUGCAAUUUGCACAAUUUAUAAAUUUUCAUUUCUUUUAUAUAUCUAUAUAUAUGCAUUAUCAAUGAAAUCUUUAGAUCGUGUUUGAAAUUACAAAAAAUAAAUCACUUUUUGCCAGUCCCAGUGUUUACUAGGAAGCACUUCUAGGUUGUCAAAAGACUACUUAGCUACCACUGUGAGCUAUUCUUUUUUAAAUUCAUUAUCUGUGUUAAUAAGUUUAUUUUUUCCCAGAAGAUAAGUUUUGGUGAAUUGCUGGGAUUUUGUACAAAUGGCAGCUGACUGCAUUUUACAAAAAGUGUAUCUAAAACGAGCAAUUUAGAUUUUUGUUUCAUGAUUUAUCUUUAUCAACUCGACAAAUGUCAUGCAUCAUUUUUUUUUCAAAUUUGAAGAAUUAAUCUGAAGUGGUGAGGAUUUGUCAAACAAUUAAUGCAAUUUUAUACAUCUGCUUUACAAUCUGGAGUCCUUUCUUUGUGGAUAGAUAGUUCAAUUUUUUGUUCAUGUAGUGUGGUAUUUAGCCAUGUUAAUAAGCAAAGAGAUUGAGCCAAAAGGUUGCCUGUUUUGUUUAUUUUGCUGUUUGCUAUAUUAUGAAUAAUGGCACUUUAUUUAAAAAAAAAAAAAAACCUUUGUUUAAUUUUUUACAUCAUGUUUCAAACAUUUCCAUUAUAUUUUAGUGAAGAAUAACAAAAAUCUAGUACUUAGCAAAUGUUAUUGCACUUAUCACAUUACCUCCCUCUUUAAAAAUUUCAUUGAUAAGUGACUGCUGUUUUGAUAUUCUAGACAAUUUAAUUGAUUGACAUGGUUUUGUGCUCCCAAGGAAUGGAAGAGGAAAUAGUAUUCAUCAAAUUAGUAAAUGCGUUGCUUCUUCAGCAAUCUGGAAUUGGAAUGAAUUUGAUAGGCAUUUAGGCAUUCACCAGUAAAUUAGGGAUGUGAUUGAUAUUUGAUAAUGCUGAAAAAGACGGCCAAUUACUGGUAAUUUUGUCAUGGCAGGUUUUAAUACAGAUGUUUUGAUCGGCUUAGCGUUCUAUUCACUGUUAUCAACUCCAUUGCAAUUCCUAAACAGUUCUGAAUUAUUUGAGGGUGGGGGUUAUUUCUGGAUAAAUUUACAUAAUGAAAAUUGCACACAAAGGGGGAGGAAGGAAAAAAAAAGAGUUAGAAAGAAUAAAUAGGUCAGUUAUAGAACCAGCAAGUGAGAUAGAUUAUACUAUUGUAUCACUUUAGAAUUGCUUCACCACAUACAAAAUGGCUUGAUGAUUUGCCGAGUUGCACGUCUCUGCUGUCAUGAAUUAUAGUGAUCACAAUUUCAAGCAAAAUAAAAGAUAUGAUAUGAAGUUAGUUGAGGCAAAUUAGUUGAUAACGCUUCUUUGAAUAAAAAAAAGUGAAGGCUUUGCAUUGUAGCCUUCUCUCGUAUCAUCGGGAACAAAUUGUGACUCGAACAUGUUACUCGAUUCAUUAACAUGAAAUGCAAUGUGUAUUUGUUUGAAAAUGGACCAAAGAAGUCACUAUCUACGUAAAGACAAAAAAAAAUAAUUUUUACUUUCAUGCAUUGAUUCAAGGAGUUGUUUCUUUUCUUUUUUUUUCUUUUCUAGUUUUCUUAAUGUAUGAUAAUGAUUAUUUUUUCCAUUUGUUAAUUUCCAAACAUUACAACGAACUCACCACUAACUCUAAAGCAAACUCUCUGAGAUAUUAGUCUUUAUGUGAAUUGCUAGGUUCUGCAUUCCUUGAGUUUGUAAAGUUGUAAAAAGAAUUUUGAAAUCAGUACGUACAGUGUCCAAAGUAAAUUAUUUAUUCAGAAACAUACUAUUUUGUGCACAUAAUAUAUGCUUUAUUCUCAAUUAGACACCUCCAGAGUGUUUUUGAUAUUAUUUAAUAAGUACUAUGCUCCUUAAGUAUGUUGUGAAAGUGAAACAAAUUUCUUGAAAUGAGCUUUGUACCCUGUCCAUACUCCAGAGUAAUAAUCUCUUGAAAUUUACAAGUUUGUAACAUUUUGAGGUUUUUUUUUUUCUUUCUUUCUUUCCUUCUCCAGUUAGUGAACAUCUUAAAGUACUAUUCUUGAAUUGAAAUGAAAAUCAAAUUUUCUUUUGUUUGGCAAAAGAAUAAAAAUAGUUGCAUGAAUGGGAAUUGGUCAGAAAAUUCCUUGUUAUAUCAUUGAUUGUAAGUAUUUAUACGCAAGCUGCCUCAGUGCUCAAUAGGAGAGUAUGGAUCAUUACAUAACCAACAUUAAAAAAGAAGGAAAAAAAAGAACAAGAAAUAGAAAAUCAAAUAAAUCAAUCAUAUGAUAGAGUACUCUUGCAUUAUGAAGUUUUGACUUACAUAACUCAGAAACUUUUUAUUCGUUAAACUAGAUUGUCUAUUGAAGAGUUAUUGGAUAAGAAGAACAAAUGUGGAUCCAUUGUUAAUCAUGAAAUAAAUCAAAUACUUAUUUAUACUUAGAUCAUGUUAUGGAAUUGUAACAAAAUAAACAAGAGUACUCUUGACAUCACUUGUCAUGGAUUAUUGUUGGUCAUGGAUAUUGUUUUUGUGAUUAUUUGAUGCAAGGGGAAUUAUAAAGUGAGGGGAAAUAUGCUUCAUACUCGCCAGAAGAAUUGAUGCACAUUAAACGUAUCAUGUAGACGAAUGCUGUUUUAAUAUUAGAAUUAUACAUAUAGAAUCUUAGGUUGUAGUAUUAGUAAUGUUCUUUUUUCUUAUAAAGAAAAUAUUCAUUUGGCACAACUCUACCAAACAUUGUGAUGCAAUGGUAAUUAUUUCAUUUUCAGUAACUGGUUUAAGGUUAGCCACAUGAUAAUAUCGGUUGAGUGUUUUUAUUUUUUAUUUUGUUUUCUAAAAUUUUAAAUCAUUCAGGUUUAUAUAGAUUCCAUUGUAUUUAAUUGGGGAAAUUUAAGCAAAUCUACAAGAAAAAAAAGUUAUAUAGAUUGUAUGAUAUUUUAUUAUGUAUUCACCUUUGGAAGCAGAUUGGCUUCAUUUUUAAAUUACAAAUUGAGAAUGUCUACCCGUCUAUUAUUUGCAUAAUUUUUAAUCUAUUUCACUUACAAAAAAACAAAUAUGAAAUACAAUUUUUGCAUAUGUUCAACAUGUUUAACAGACCAACCGGUUUGAUGUAAUAUUGCAUUUUUGUUGAUGUGUAUUAGGAUGUGGACAAAGGCUUUUUUCCCUAUUUUUUCAAUCAAGUUGAUCUGGUAUAAUUUAAUCAUCAACUUUACAUCAUUGUGUGUACAUUUGCCAAGUUAACUCAUAGACUGCAUUUUAGUAUGCAGAUGAGGACAUAGUAGAAAAGAAAUUUGUUAUUUAUUGAAAUACCUUGAAAGAAAUGAUUGGAAAAAAAAAUAUUCUAAUGACCCCAACUUUUCAAUCUCUUCAAUUAACUUUACUAGAAAAGGAAAAUUUUGAUAUAGGUAAAUAUUGUUGUGGAAAUAAGGGCUCGCUCUUUGCGGCGGUGUAAUUAUCAGUGUACUAUUGUUAUACAAGUUUGUGAAGAGUAGAGUUGCCGUGUGAAAGGAUCUUCAUUAUGAAUGUUCUGGCAGGCCAGUUGCUCAUUAAGCGGAGGAGGUGCGUUCUCAUACGUGCCAACCUGCGAUGCUUGUUUUUAUUUUUUGGGGCCUGGUACAUCACGGCCAACCCUGCUUUUUUCUGUCUUGUGUGAAUCAGUUCUUACUGGUGUCUUCUGUAUCCAAGAUCUUUAAGUUAUUUCUUUUCUUUUUUUUUUUAAUUUCUAAAAAAGGUUGUAAUAACCUGUUGAAUAGGUUAUUUAUGUUUAUCUUUUUGUCUUUUGGGAGAGAGUGUUUUUUAAGUGUGUGUGAGUGUGACAGUGCAUGUAUGUGACUGAGGGAGUGUGCCUAUGUUCAUGCAGUAUGUAUAUGAGAAACAAUCUUUUUGUCCCAACUGUCUUUGCAUGUGUGAACAAGGAAAUAACACAAGAUUUUGAAAAUGUGUGUGAGGACUCUCUUUGUGUGCCAGGAUGUGGAGUGGUUGUCGCUGUAUCUGGGCGUGGAUGAGGGUGCGAGCACGUUAGGGUCAGUAGUUAUAUUUAAUGUACCGUGUGACAUUGCUGCACUCUAAUUUAAAUGUUUUUUCCAAUGAAAUUUUGGUGUAUUUUACUAGGUAUUGUGGCUUUUAUGUCUUAACUACUAUUACUAUACCACUUCUACUGUUACUGCUAUAACUACUUCUACAGAAACCAUUACUACUACCACCACUACUACUACAACUGAAACUACUACUACAACACGAUGAAGCUGUGGGUACCUCUGAUUAGCAGAGACCCAACGUCCAUGCUUUAUCACACAGCACUUCAUCUUUUUGCAUACACCAAAUUGACCCAGUUGAUUUGGAGCUGCCACUUGUGUAUAUGGCUUUGACUAACCAAUGAGUUCUAUAAUGGAUGGUGCCUGUGUCCUAUGUAAAGUAGACUUCCCAAGACUUAAAGAAUAUUCAGUGUUGUUUGUUGUCAUCAUGUCUGUUGCCCUAACUGCAAAUUGUUUUUACAAAAAAUGAUAAUAAUAUUCAAGCGGUGCUUGUUUCACCGCUAGUUUUACAAACUGUUGUAUGGUAGUUGUAAUGAAUAUUGAUUAGUAAGAUCAUUGUACUAUGGUAGCCAGAGUCGGGGUAUUACGAAAAAAUACAAAUAACGGAACUGCACAAUUGACUUGGGAAGGAGAUGUGGGAGAAAGAAUUUUUUAUUGUUAAAAGAAGAUAAAACUAGAUGAAGUUGUUACAAGAUCCAGAAAUAAGAUGGACGUUUACUUUUUUUAAUUUUUUGAAUGAGGUGCAAUUGUUAUCCUUUAGAGAGAAAAUUGUCAUUUAACAAGACUCAGAAGAAAAUUUGGCAAAGAAAAAAAAAAGAUCAAAAAGUGGAGGAAUUGUGCCUCUUUAUGUGGCAUACACUUGACUACAGUAUGUAUACCCACCCCCUCCUUAUGAGAAAGAUUCUGUCUUUUUCCUGUGCAGUGUAACGAAAGCAUUCAUGUUGCGAGUUGUCUCAUGAUUAAACUCUUGACCGUUGUGACAAAAA